AAAAUGUACAAAUUGUUGAGUUUAGCUAAUCUCAUCUGAAAAACUACUGAAUGGAAAACACGUGAACAUGAAUUCAAACCUUUCACACACAUACAUUUGCUCUAAAAUGUUUCGAUCUCACAAACAUGUCUGAGCCUCCGUGAUUGUAAUCAGUUCAGCGGUUCUAAAGAUCCCUCUGUCUUCAUGUGGGAUUCGUCACCAAUCCUAUGUAAACAAAAGAUUGUAAGUGUGAUGAAGUAAAAAGGCUCCUCCUUCUGGUCUUUGUUGGCAAGAGGCUAUUUUUAACAAAAAGGAAGUGUGACGUUGCCGGCCAUGGUUAGCUGCUCUUGACACAUCAAUCACCACUCUGCAUUAUUUCAUACACAUUUUGUGAGUCACUUUGGCAAUACUGGCAAAUUCAGUAGCCGUCUGAGAAAAAGAAGGUCUAUGCGUGUGUUAAUUGUUGUGAUCAGCAUGGAGUAUGCCACACAAACUAACUCAAUUAUGUGGUCGGGGUUUAAAGGUUGUGGUUUUUUUCUCUGUGGCAGCCCUUUAAGCAGCGGGGUGUGUUAGUUUGACGGCGUCAAGGUGCAAAAAAGGGGUUUCUACAGCUGCUUGCGUGUUAGGGUUGAGGGGGAAGGUCAUGCAGGUGUGUAGGAGUAUGUGGUGUUGUGACCCUCCCAGUGUCUGGAUCUCUCUUCCUCAUCAUAUCUCCACUCUCUCAUGGUGAGUGACAUCAUUGGAGUUUCCCCAAAGCAGGAAGCUCCUUUUAAAAGAGGCCCUAGCAGAUUCAGCACACAGAACAAAUCAGAAGAAGGACACAGAAGAAGAGCGAACCAGAGGAACAGACUCAGAACCAUGGAAGGUCAAUGCAGUGUCCCAAUGAUCAUCAGUGGCCACACAGAAGCGGAACAACCGAAGAGUCUGAGAGGGAAGCCAAGCUCCAGGAUCGCAGCGGUGAUGCUGGCCGUCAUUCUCUGCCUUGCCACAGCCGCUGCAGCGGUACUCUUCUUCAGCUCGCAUACCAAGCAUCCAGAAGUACACGAAGACUCAUUUCAUCUCAAACUCAGGCAGAUUUCCAACGUGAGAGCAGCCAUUCAUGUGGAAGGAAAAUACAACCCCUCCCUGGACACCUCCAUUGAGUGGAUUAGAGGGGUGGAUCAGUUCCACUUCCAGGGGGGUCUAGACCUGGACAACAAUGAGAUUGUGAUUCCUCGCAAAGGCCUCUACUUCGUUUACAGCCAAGCAUCGUUUGAGGUUAGCUGCAGCGGCGACGCCAGCUCCAUGGUCCAGCUUAGCCACACCGUGCAGCGCUGGUCUAGUUCAUACGGGAGGGAAGACGACAAGACCUAUCGGACCAUUCUGCACUCGAUACGCACGGCAUGCCAGAGGAAAGAAAGCGAUGAGCAGGAUGCCAAUGGAGACUGGUACACCGCUGUGUACAUGGGGGCUGUGUUCAACCUGGAAAAAGGGGACAGGCUGAGGACAGUGAUGAAGAAGAGCAUGCUAGAGCAGCUGGAGGACAAUCCGGGGAACACCUUCUUCGGUGCGUUUGCUUUGUAAGGUUGAAGGGAUCCCCACCUCGUCAGACCUGACCUCUGACUUUUAAUACUAGCUUGUAUUAGCGAGCCUUCCAGUGACAGCAGCUAUGGUAGCUGCAGCAAUGAACAAAGGUGCCACAUGACACACCAAAAUGUUGUGUACUGUGUACUCUCAGUGUCAGUAGGUACCUUUUGAUGUACUGUAACUUAUGUGUGAAUGUGCUACUGAUUCUGAUUUCACUACAAGUGGAGAACAGACAACAUAUUUAAAUAAUUUAUUGUUAUAUUUAUUUGCUUUUUUGAUGGUAUUUAUUAUUUAUUUAUUUAUUUAUUUGUCAGUGUGAUCUGUUACUGCUGUACUGUUUAUGAUCAGUGUUUUAAAAAAUUCUGUUUUAUUCAACUGUGCAGAAUGAGAGGGUGCCAUAGCGCCGUUGGAAUAAAAAGAGUUUGUUCAGUA